GAAGUAACCCCGUCCUUGCUGGUCCGCGCCAAGAGCUGAGAUCCACCUGGAGGUGUCGUCGGGGUGGAGACCCCCGCUGGCCCCAUUGCCUGGAUGGGAAACCUGAGGUCGGGGAGGGUGAGGCCACAGUCACGUGGCACGAGGACCUUCUGGACCCGGGUCUAGUUCGAAGUCGCUGCCUGCAGCACGGGGCCCGGCGGAGAGAGCGGGAGGUUGGGUGGGGCGCGUCCUCUGGUGACAGCAGCGCCCGGGAAUGCGCCGGGCUGGGAGGGGGCUCUCCACCCCUCACGCCUGGCCCCUGGGGCUGAGCUUCUCCCCAGAACUCUGGGGCCCUGAGCUGGGGGUGGUGGAAGCCCCAGGAUCGGAACCCAGGCGCGUGGGUUCCUGAGUAACGUGACCUUGAGGGAGGGGUGGGGAGAGGGAAAGGGAGGGUAGUGGCUGGGAAAGGGGACUUUCGUGGGGACGCGAUCUGGGCGUCGGUGGAGAGAGGGCAGCGCCCGCCCGGAGCCAGAGCAGGGCGACCUCGGUUCGCGCACAUUCCCUGGCCCUGACCGCGGCGCCCGGAAUAGCAGCCCCGAGGUGGGGGUAAGGGCGGUGGGUCCCCACGUGGCUCCCCCGCCCUGGGCCUCCCAAGGGCACCGGGACAGGGACGCGCGGUCACCAGGCCGCAGUUCUGGGGGACCGGGGAUCUUGCGGGGCAGUCCCCUGCCGCAGGUCGGCGUCCAGGCGCGGGACGGCCGCGCGGGGGCGCACGGGGCCGCCGUCCCUCCAGACCCCGACCCGGGCGCGCCCUGGGAGGCGGGGUGGGAGGGGCCGCCCCGGGCUCCCCCCGCCCCUCCUCGCCUGCCCCGCCGCUUCCGCUAGCCCAGGGGCGGCCCGGGGAGCCAGGACGCGUCGCCUGGGCUCUACGUAUCCGGUUGCCCUGGGGCUCCGUCCCACACCCUCUGCAAGAGGCCAUGAGGCACAGACUGGACCAGGGCCAGGUCACCCCUCCCUGCCCCUCCCCCAACCCCGGAGCUCCCUGCUGCUUUCUCAUAGAAUCCUGGACUGAGCCCAGCUGGUUCCCACUGCACAGAUGGGGAAACUGAGGCCUGGGGAAGCAGAGCAGCUGGCCCCUGGCCACACAGGAAGACGCCACCCCCUCCGGGGCCUCCUGCUCCUGCUGUGGACCCUUCUCAACUGUGGUUUGGGGGACAACGCUCAGGGUUCAGGCGAGUGGACUCCGUGGGGUUCCUGGAGCCGCUGUUCCAGUUCUUGUGGGCAAGGGCUCUCCAUGCGCAGCCGGAGAUGCAUUCGGUUUCCCGGGGAAGAGCUAUGCUGGGGGCACACUCACGAGUACCGCCUCUGCCAGUUGCCCGACUGUCCCCUAGGGGCUGUGCCCUUCCGAGACCUCCAGUGUGCCCUCUACAAUGGCCACCCUGUCCUGGGCACCCAGAAGACCUACCUGUGGGUGCCCUUCUAUGGAGCACCCAACCAGUGUGACCUCAACUGCCUGGCAGAGGGGCACGACUUCUAUCACAGCUUUGGUCGAGUACUGGACGGUACCCCCUGCAGCCAGGGCUCCCCAGGGCUCUGCGUGGCUGGCCGCUGUCUGAGCGCCGGCUGUGACGGUUUGCUGGGCUCGGGCGCCCGCGAAGACCGCUGCGGCCGCUGCGGUGGCGCCAACGACUCAUGCCUCUUCGUACAGCGCGUGUUCCGUGACGCCGGUGCCUUCGCUGGGUACUGGAACGUGACCCUGAUCCCUGAGGGCGCCAGGCACAUACGCGCCGCCCACCGGAGCCGCAACCACCUGGCGCUGAUGGGGGGCGACGGGCGCUACGUGCUCAACGGGAACUGGGCGGUCAGCCCGCCCGGGACCUACGAGGCGGCGGGCACCCGCGUGGUUUACACCCGCGCCACGGGGCGGGAGGAGACGCUGAGCGCCGCCGGGCCCACCUCCCAAGACCUGCUCCUGCAGGUCCUCCUGCAGGAGCCCAACCCCGGCAUUGAGUUCGAGUUCUGGCUCCCCCAGGAGCUCUACAGCCCCUUCCAAGCACAGGCACAGGCCCUGGGCUGGCCCCUGUGGCAGCCACAGCCUCGGGAGGUGGAACCUCGGCCCCCUGAGCCUCCUGCAGCCCCCACCGUUAUCCUCCAUCAGACCCCGACCCCCACAUCAGACCCCUGCCCACCCUGUCCUGACACCCGAGGUCGUGCCCACCGGCUGCUCCACUAUUGUGGCAGCGACUUCGUGUUCCGGGCCCGAGUGCGGGGCCGCCUCCGCCAGGCCCAGGAGACCCGCUAUGAGGUGCGCGUGCAGCUCAUCUACAAGAACCGCUCACCUCUGCGUGCUCUCGAGGCACCCCAGUUACACAUACUUGGCUGCAGAGACUUCAAGAUGCGCUGGCAGUCUGACUCACAAUGGAGCUCUCACCAGAUGUUCACACGUGACCACAUGCACUCCUGGUCCAGCCCCCACUUCCUCUCAGCAUGUCUGACCCCGGGUGGGGGAACAACAAGGACAGGGAAUAUGAGGAUAGGGGCACGUGGGGCUUCCAUAGGUCCCAAGCGUCCUCCCCAUGCCCCUUUGGGGGCCGCAUGUUCAUCUCAGGCAGUUCUCAAGACCUGCCACUCCAAGAGAGGAGGCAGUUCAGAGCCCCUGCCCUCAGCCUGUGCCCUGUCCUUGUGUGUCCUGGGUAUAAUUCUAGAGCCCAGAAAGCAGGCCUAGGUCACGUACUGAUUGGAAGUGUCUGCUCUUCUGUACCAUCCAUGGAUGGCUCAGCCUUGGACCUUGCGGGUGACCUCAGGCCAGGCCCUGCCCCUCUCUCUGCCUGUUUCCCCAUCCCAGUGCCCUUUCCGGCUCUCCUGGCAAUCACACUCUCCUGGACUCCUUCCCUCGCCCCUCCGUUCACUCACACAUUCCUCCAAAGAGUAUUUAUUGAGUGCCUCCUGUACGCCAGGGACCCAGCAGCACCUGGGACAGCCCAGGCCUGGAGAAUCCCCAGAACGCCCCCUCCCGUGGGGCACAGCGGGGCACAGCGGGGCGCAGCUCAGGAGGGCGGGCCUGGGGCUCGGGCGCCCCCUGGUGGCAGGACGGGGGAAGAAGGAUUGCUCGCUCCCGGUGUUACCCGCAGCCCCCAAGGGCCCUACUGCCCGGGCCUGUUAUCCAGAGGUGGUCCUCUCUGCCUCACUGCAGGGUGAGGGUGUCUCAGGGAAUGGGAGUCUCCAGCCUCCUCCUCCCCAGAGCUCUGUGGGUCAGCGCUGCCACCUACUCCCCACCAGCUAGACCAGUUGGCCUGGGCGAGGCACCUGCUGGGAGGGAGGCCAGUGCAGGGCCCACUCGGGCAGCAGAUGAGAUGGCCUGUGGCCACAGAGGCCAGGACUCCCCGCAGCCCGGUCUCUGGACGGCCUCUCCUGCCAGUGGCAACGUUGUUUCCAGUCGUGAUCCUGUAACCCUCCGCAGUAAGCAUUUCGUUGUUUUUCUGGUUUUCUCUUGAGCUUUAAAUAAAAAAAUCGACGGAACGAUUUAAAGAGAGUAGAAAACACUGUGGUUCUAAAGAUUCUCAAAUUCAGCAACGUGCACAGCGAAACUGGCGAUCACGCUCGCCCAGCAAAGAUACCACGCGGCUUUGAUGCUUUAAACAGGAAUAAAAACUCCGGACGCUUACAGGGAAUGACGGAAAUGGAGUGACUCGAGAUCUGCUUCUUCGUGUCUGCACAAUCCCCAGCUCUCAGGGUUUUAUUAUUUACUGUGUCCCUGAAGAGACCGCAAAUGAUUACAGAUGGGAACGUCCUCUCAAGGGAAGCCCACGCAGCCGAGUCUUCACGCAUCUGGAACUGGGAAUUCUCUGGACUUCCCAAGGGAGAUGACGUUUAUUAAAGAAUGAAGAAGGAAAAGAGGCACGUUGGAAACUUGCGUCCAUGUUAUUAAGACAAAAGUAAUCACACCAGUGGAUUCAGCAGCCCCAGGAACAUUUGUGCUCAGCAACAUGGCCCUGGGGGGGUCUGAUGCUGUUCUUACUGUUUUUAAUUCUCUGCACACAGCACCCUCCUGCUGUGUGCUCGUCUCUCACUGACUCCGUACAAGCUGGCUGACCCACGGGAGGACACGUGUCCAGUUGAAGGGCUGCUGAACCACCCCAUCCAGGCUGUCUCACAUCCUGCGGGAUCAGAUGAGGGUGUGCAGGUUACAAUGGCAUAACACCUGGGAAAACAGUUUGGCUGUUUCUGCUACAGCCGAACACACGCUCACGUGUAAGGUUGAAUAAACACGUCCACGCCCUAACCCCUGGGACCUGUGAACAGGAUCUUAUUUGGAAAAAGAGUCUUUGCAGAUGUUGGUAAGGGUCUCAAAAUCACUCUGGAUUAUCCAAGUGGGCCCUAAAUCCAAUGACAGGUGUCCUUGUAAGAGACACGCAGAGGAGAGACCGAGAAGAUGGCCAUGUGGUGGUGGAGGCAGAGGUCGGAGCAAUGGGGCCACAAGCCCAGGGAUGCUUGGGGCCCCCAGAAGCCGGUGGAGGCAGGAAGGACCCUCCUCUGGAGCCUCUGGAGGGACCACGGCCCUGCCAGCCCUGGAUCUUGGACUUGAGGCCUCCAGAUGGUGAGAGAAUAAAUUUCUAUUGUCCCAAGCCUCCCAGUUGGUGGUAAUUGGUUAAAGCAGCUCCAGGAGGCUCACACUCUCACCUGAAACCCUGCAGUCUGACAAGUGAAUGCCGAAGGGGAAGGAGAGCACUGCUUACCAAAGACUGGUUCUAGAAUGUUCCUAGCAGCUUUUGUCACAAUAGCCCCCAACUGGAAACAACGCUAAGGCCCACCCACAGUGGCAUGGGGCACCCUACGGCCUUCCCAUAGAAUGACAUGCUCUCUGCCAGCGGAAGAGAAGGGCACCAGGGGCCCUGCCCGUGGCAGUGCGGCGAGUCUGAGACAGACGGGAGAGGGCAGAAAACACCGUGGACGGGAUGCAAGUGACCUUCACGGGUGGGGGGAGGUGUGGAUGGGGCUGCCUUUGAGGGUGGGGAGUGACCAGCAGGGCCAGCCCUGAUGCGUUACUUGCCUCAAGUCACUGACUACGCUUUUCUGUAUGUUUAAAUUAAAACAUGUCUGACGGACUAAAGGUCA